AUGCGUUGCGACUUGCCAACCUAUGUCUUUACAUCACUCGUCCUAUUUGCGGCCGCAUUCACUGUUUCUUUACAAUCCUUUAUUGACUCUGAGCUAUGGCACAGCGUCAAGGAGUGCUAUGGUGUUCACACGGAUCUCGAUCUGCCGGAUGCUACUGACCAGCUACGGUUUCAUUGGCAUACUUCUAUUCCAGCACUCGGAUACAAUCGACAAUUCCCGGCCAUGUCGUGUAGUGGAUACAUUUCAGCCUUCUUCACUUCGAUCGAAACACAAAAGCUUAGCCUGCUGAUACAUAUCAACAUGGCUGUAUGUUGCUUUGUUCUCUUGGGCAAGAUCGUCAUCAAGUUGUUCUUUAGAGGAUUGUUACCCGUGGAGAGCCAGCACAUUUACGAUCGAAUGCUCAACUUUUUAUUAUUCAAAGUGAUAUUUGUGAGUGCUAUUAUGGAUCCUGUGUGGAUACACAUUGUACGCUUGUCAAUAUGGAUAUCGGUGCUCGGGUUCCUGCGGAUUUUCAGCCUCUUAAGUCGGGAUCGCUUUGACCAUCUUGCCACCAUGCCCUACUUGCCAGUCGCAGAGUAUCGAAAAGUCACCGUGCUCUUAUGCAUCAUUUUGAUUUGCAACCUUGGAUGGUUUGCUGCAAGCUAUGUCCUAUUCCCAACUUCAAUCACUUUUCUCACUUUGGAGUUUCUUCCUGUAUUGUUGGAUACCUUACAAGUGAUGACCAAGUACUUUUCACAACUAUUGGAUCAAUGGCGGGAACAUGGCUUUGAGAGCAAGCGUGCCGUUAAUUAUUACAUUGAGCUAAGCACAGACAUGCUUGUCAUGGCUCUGACACUAGUACAAUACCUUCAAAUUUUGUGGUCACAUGGCAUUUCAUUUGGGCUGGUGGACAUUGUGCUCUUCCUGAAUGUUCGCAGCGUGUUGAAGAAUCUUUACAGAAAAGGUAUGGUGCAUCGGGAUCGUUGGCGAGCUAUGUCGUAUGUCAGGAAUCGCUAUGUUGACGCCACACCAACCGAAUUGAUGAUGCGAAAUGACGACUGCGCUAUUUGCAGAGAGAAGAUGAAGACCGCCAAAAAACUUGCCUGUGGACAUCUCUUUCAUGUACAUUGCCUCCAUUCAUGGAUUCAACAUCAUGUGUCGAAACCUACAUGUCCCACGUGCCGUCGAUCGCUCUCACCACCGGCAACUGUAGGCGCUCAAUCAUGA